AUCAUCUUGAAUGUACAACGCAGUAUGUAUACAUUUAAUACAGUAUACAGUUAAGUCAUAGAGUCAGUUGUGACCAAAACACGGAGUGUCGUCAGCUAUUGUUGUAAAAAAACAUUUAGCAAUUAAAUGUGAUCCCCGUGGAGAUUACGUUGAUGUUGAACAUUGACGUGUGUUGUGAAUUUUAAUUCAAAAUUUAAACGGUAUCAAAAUUUAAGGGCAUUACGUCGUUAGAUAAUAAUGUCACAUCCAGCACCCGGUGGUUCGAAGGAUGACCCAAAGCUUGAAGCUAUGAAUCAUUCGAUCUCAAAAAGUAUAAUGGAGAGUCUAAAUAUGGAAUUUGACGAUGGCAAGCCGAAAUUCAAAUUAAAUGAACCGACAUUUUCUGCAGUUAACACGCCAUAUCAAAAUAAUUUAAACUGCGACGAUGACGAUGAUGAUACAUCUUUUGUUGUUCUUGGUAAAAGUUCUAUGGAUUUUAUAAAUUUAGCUUCAUUAGCUGACUAUGAAGAAAUAAAAAAGAAAAGCUUGAAUGUCGAUUUAAAUUCAAUAGUUUCAACACUAAGUCAAGAAGAAAUUGAAUUAAAAGUUGCUGAGCUAAUGAAAGAAAAUGUUAAACUUAAAGAAACUUUAACUAGAAAUAAUGAUGCCAUGAAAAAACAAUUCAAUACGCUGGUAAAUUGGCAAAAUGAGCUUAUGAAAGUUCAUGGAAAUCACAAGCAAAAAUUUGCAGAAACUUGUGAUAUGAUCUCACUUUUAAAAAAAGAAAACGCUGACUUAAAAAUGAAACUCACUGCUACAGAAUCGAUGUUGACGUCACAAUUUUCAAUGCCGGAAAAUUCGAUGGCUCAAAAACAAGAACAAAUUACGAAUUUUAAGUUGAUGAAAACUGGAGAUACGGAAAUUAUUAAUGAUGACUGCAAUGCUUCAAAUCCAAAGGAUCUUAACUCUAAAGAUUUAGCUUAUGAAGUAAUUUCACUUUUACAAAAAGAAAAUUCGGAUUUAAAAAUGAAACUUACAGAUAAAAAAUCUAUUAUUGUAUCGUCACUUUUGUCAGAGCAGGCCGAAAAUUCAAUCUGUCAAAAACCAGGACAAAUAAUUAAUAAUCCAUCAGUGAAAACUGGAAGUAUGGAGACAAUUGACGAUUCUAUUUCUAUGAAGACUAGUCAUUUUCUCUCAAACGAUUUUGAUUUUAAAGAACUCACUCCAGAUACUGAAGAGAUUUCACUGUUACAAAAAAUAAAAGCUGACAUAAAUAAGCAAAUGACUGAUAAAGGAUUCAUGAUAAUGUCUCUAUUUUUAUCAGAAAAGGCAGAAAAUCCAGUCAAUCAAAACCAGUCAUCAAAUUUUUCAUCAAUGAAAGCUCAAAGCAGUAGUAAUUUAAUUAAUACAAGCUCUGUUGGCUUAAACUCCACGGAUUUUAAUUUCAAAGAAUUACACAAAGACAAUAUUAAAGAAAUUGGAAAAAUAUUGGAAGUUAGAGAACGUCAGGAGCGAGACAUGCAUUAUUUACAAGAAAUAAUUUUGUCACUCAAAGAACAAUUACGUGCAUUAAAUGAAAGCGCGUUUACUUCUCUUCUGCUCAAAACUGAAGACUACGAGAUUUCAGAACAAUCUCAAGAUAAGAAUCGCCAGAAAUUUUUCCAGCACUUCACUUACUACAAUGAAAAGCUCAGUGAUUUGGCCAAAUGUUACGGAGAGCAGACGUCUCAUUUUAUCAGUAUUCAAGAUUCUUUGAAACGCUGCAUUGACACAAUAGAAUUAUUGCUAAGUUAUAGCGAGCAAAUGAAGUUGUCUACUGAAACAAUCGAAUCGUUCAAAGAAACUUUUGAAAAUUGCCGACAGCACUUGAUCAAUGAACAGAUUCAAAAUAUUUCAAAACGGCAGACUUUAAUUAAAGCGCAAAAUGAAUUUCAAAAAAUAUUUUCUGAUUACAAUUCUACUCUACACGAAUUAGAAAUUAUUCGAGGUGAGAAUUCUAAACCCGUCGAAGUUAAAUAUAAUUUUGAUAAAGAAAAAGAGCAAAUUGCUUUGAAUAUUAAAAUAUUAGAAGAUGAAAAAAAUCAGCUGUCACUGGAACGUAAAAAUUGUCAAGCUGAACAUUUGAUACUCGAACAGGAAAAAAUGAGUUUGAAUGAAGAAAAAGCCUCGCUCAAUUCGCAAAGUAUGUUGUAUGAAGCACAAAUGAGAACUCUUCAAGAUGACAUGAAAGUUUUACAAAAACGUCACGAUGAGAUGUUGUCAGAAUGUACAAAACUAAAGGAAGAGCUUCGAUUAAAAAAUAUUGAGCUUGAGGGUGUCAAAGCUCGCGUUGAAAGUUCCGAAGACGACAGCGACACGAUUGCUCAUUUGCGACAUCAGCUCAAACUCUACGAAAGUGAUUUCCAAGAAGAAAAGAGAACUAAACAGCAAUUGAUACAUGAGCGAGAACAUUUGACAGAUCAACUGGGCAAGAUACGAGAUCAUAAUCAACAAUUGUUGCAGCGAUUAAAUGGCCCUAAUCCAACAGCUAUUCCUGCAGAGACACCGAAUGGAAUUCCCGUCGAUGCUUUUUGUGAUACUUGCGGCUUAUAUAAAAUGCCGGGACAGUGGCAUGGUCCAGGAUGGUGCCAACCUAUUGAUUAAAUUCGAACAACUAUUAAAUUAGUUUAUUUAAACCAGCAUAAUUACGUUAGUUUGAUCCUUCAUGAACGUUUAGCUGUAAAAAAAUAUAGCCAUAAUAAUAAUAAAGUAUUGUAAAGAUAAAUACUUAAGAAUAUUGUAGAGAAUGAUAUAUUUUUUUGUUUAAAUCUCUAUUACAUUAAAGUUGUCAAAUAAUGUACGUAUUCUAUUAUAUUAAAAAAUAAACUAAAAAUAACAAAAAAAAA